AUGUUGCGACGAGCACGGGACGAAGAGGAUAUCGUGAUAAACAUGGAUCUGCGACAUGCCGGUGCAGAUCAUGUUUCUGGGGAUGAAGCACCCGUUGCCCGCGAGCAGAAACUCUCAGCCAAGAAGCGGAGAAGCAGUGGUGCAUCCGCGGAUCACUCUUACGAAGAAGUUCUGAAGGGAAACAAGGGUUGCAUAGGCUCAGGAUCAAAUCAGAUUUCAGAAUCCAACACCAAAGUGCAGCGACUCACACACAAAAGAAGAGUGAAAUUCAUUGACGUCUCAUCUUCACCCCGCGGAAAAAGAACUGGCAAAAAACGCAUGCAGCAGCUCAUCUCUCUCAAAGGAAAACCAUCUCCUCCCUCAUACAUGGGGACUCGCCGAUCACCGACAGCGACCUCACUGAAGCGUUUUCAUACCUAUUCGACCGCGUUCGCAACCGUCCCAAACGACACGACGAACGUGUUGAGAAGCAUACUACCUGGCCCUACGAGCGUAACCAGUGUGCAGAAGCUUGCUCUGUGCCAAACUGUCGUGUCCCACUUUUGCAUGCCUAUCCUUGAGGAAAUCGUUCUUGGUAGGACUACCAAGUACGGGGGCCCGCUAGAAGUAUUUGCACGGUGCGAUCAGGAACUACAAGGUAGUGCAUCAUACCGUGAGUGGCAGCAUUUCACAAUACGCGCUAUUGAACAGAGCAAUAUAGGAGAGAUGUUUCGACGAGGCCGAGAUUACCUACUGCAUCAAAUUGCCAUUGACAUCGGGCAUGUACUGUUUACAAUCUCUUCGGUUAGUCUGUCAUCAAGAGCACAAUCUGUUCUGGUCAGUAUCGUCACAGCUGGCGAUGUGUAG